CUGGCCAUGCCCUCGAGUGCACGGUCGGGCAGCAUCAAAGACCCCGAGGUGGCUGACCUUUUCUGCAAAGAUGACCCGGAGAAGCUGUUCGCCGACCUCCGUGAGAUCGGCCACGGCAGCUUCGGAGCCGUUUACUUUGCCCGAGAUGUGCGCAACAAUGAGGUGGUGGCCAUUAAGAAAAUGUCGUACAGCGGCAAGCAGACAAACGAGAAAUGGCAGGACAUCAUUAAGGAGGUGAAGUUCCUGCAGAAACUUCGCCACCCGAACACCAUCGAGUACCGGGGCUGUUACCUGAAGGAGCACACAGCAUGGCUGGUGAUGGAGUACUGCCUGGGCUCGGCCUCGGACCUCCUCGAAGUUCACAAAAAGCCGCUCCAGGAAAUAGAAAUAGCUGCUAUUACCCACGGUGCACUGCAGGGAUUAGCGUAUCUUCACUCUCACAACAUGAUUCACAGGGACGUGAAAGCAGGAAACAUCCUGCUGACUGAGCCCGGUCAGGUCAAACUGGGGGACUUUGGCUCUGCCUCCAUCGUGGCUCCGGCCAACUCCUUCGUUGGGACUCCCUACUGGAUGGCUCCAGAGGUGAUCCUGGCGAUGGACGAGGGCCAGUAUGACGGCAAGGUGGACGUCUGGUCGCUGGGCAUCACCUCCAUCGAGCUGGCGGAGAGGAAGCCCCCGCUCUUCAACAUGAACGCUAUGAGUGCCUUAUAUCACAUCGCUCAGAAUGAAAGCCCCAUCCUCCAGUCCAACCACUGGUCUGAUUCCUUCCGCAACUUUGUUGACUCUUGCCUACAGAAGAUUCCCCAGGACCGACCUACCUCGGACGUCCUGCUCAACCAUCGGUUCUUGUGCCGUGAGCGUCCGCUGACGGUGGUGAUGGACCUGAUCGCCCGGACCAAGGACGCAGUGAGAGAGCUGGACAACCUGCAGUACCGCAAGAUGAAGAAGAUCCUCUUCCAGGAGACGCAGCAGAACGGCCCAGUGUCCGAGGGAGGGGAGGAAGAGGAGGAGGUGGAGCAGUACCUGAUGCGGACAGGCACAGUGAACAGCAUGGAGAGCUCCCAGUCGGUGCCCAGUAUGUCCAUCUCAGCCAGUUCUCAGAGCAGCUCGGUCAACAGUCUGGCCGACGCGUCCGAUGACAGCAGCAGCGAGAUGGCCAUGAUGCAGGAGGGCGAGCACACCGUCACCUCCAACAGCUCCAUCAUCCACCGACCCACGGGUCAGGAUAACAUCUACGAUGACCCGUACCAGCCGGAGAUGGACCAGCCUCAGGCUCCCUCGGCUGGACGCCGCCGAGCCUACUACCGCAACCGGGACCACUUUGCCACCAUCCGGACCGCCUCCUUGGUGACCCGUCAGAUCCAGGAACACGAGCAGGGCUCGGCGCUGCGGGAGCAGAUGUCCGGCUACAAGCGUAUGCGGCGGCAGCACCAGAAGCAGCUGAUGGGGCUGGAGAACAAGCUGAAGGCGGAGAUGGACGAGCACCAGCUGAAGCUGGACAAAGAGCUGGAGAAUCAGAGGAACAGCUUCUCCACCGAGGCCGACAAGCUGGCCAAGAAGCACCAGGCUAUCCUGGAGAAAGAGACGAAAGCCGCUCUGGCAGAAGAGAAGAAGUUCCAGCAGCACAUACUGGGCCAGCAGAAGAAAGAACUGACCAGUUUACUGGAGUCCCAGAAACGCCAGUACCGCCAGCGCAAGGAUCAGCUUAAAGAGGAGCUGAACGAGAACCAGUCGACUCCGAAGCGGGAGAAGCAGGAGUGGCUGAUCCGUCAGAAGGAGUGUCUGCAGCAGAUGCAGGCGGAGGAGGAGGCCAGCCUGCUGCGGAGGCAGCGGCAGUACUACGAGCUGCAGUGCCGCCAGUACAAGAGGAAGAUGCUGCUGGCUCGCCACAACCUGGAGCAGGACCUGCUCAGAGAGGACCUGAACAAGAAGCAGACCCAGAAGGAUCUGGAGUGCGCCAUGCUGCUGCGGCACCACGAGUCCACCCAGGAGCUGGAGUUCAGGCAGCUGGGCUCGGUGCAGCGGACCCGGGCCGACCUGAUCCGAACGCAACACCAGACCGAGCUGACCAACCAGAUGGAGUACAACAAGCGCCGUGAGCAAGAGCUGCGACAGAAACACACCAUUGAGGUCCGUCAGCAGCCCAAGAGCCUCAAGUCCAAAGAGCUGCAGAUCAAGCGUCAGUUCCAGGAGACCUGUAAGAUCCAGACGCGUCAGUACAAAGCCCUGAGGAACCACCUGCUGGAGAGCACUCCCAAAUCCGACCACAAGGCCGUCCUUAAACGCCUCAAAGAGGAGCAAACACGUAAGCUGGCCAUCCUGGCUGAGCAGUACGACCACUCCAUCAACGACAUGCUGUCCACACAGGCUGUGAGUAAGCUGCGUCUGGACGAGACCCAGGAGGCAGAGUACCAGGUGCUGAGGAUGCAGCUGCAGCAAGAGCUAGAGCUGCUGAACGCCUACCAGAGCAAGAUCAAGAUCCACACCGACACGCAGCACGAGCGCGAGGUGAAGGACCUGGAGCAGCGGGUGUCCAUCCGCCGGGCGCUGCUGGAGCAACGGAUCGAGGAGGAGAUGCUCUCGCUGCAGAACGAGCGUUCGGAGCGGAUCCGGACCCUGCUGGAGCGCCAGGCCCACGAGAUCGAGGCCUUCGACUCGGAGAGCAUGCGGCUCGGCUUCAGCAACAUGGCGCUGAGCGGCAUCCCGGCCGAGGCCUUCAGCCAGGGCUACCCGACGCCCAGCCCGUCCUCGGGCUCCGCCGGCUGGCCGUCCCGGCCCGUGCCGCGGUCCGGCAGCCACUGGAGCCACAGCGUGCAGAACUCGGUGGCCACGCCGUCCUGGCGCACCCAGAACCACGGCGGGGGGGGGGGCUUCAGCCGCGCCGAGUCCAUCACAUCGGCACACUGCCUCGGCAGAGACGGGGAGCUGCACCAGAGCAGCCGGGGCCCCCCCUCCUCCCACUCCUCCCACUCCUCCUUUCCAUUACCACCCCCCCCCCCCCCCCCCCCCCCCCCUUCCCUGCCCCCCCCCCCCCUGGUCCAUCCCACCCACUCCACCCACCACCACCACCACCUGGCCUCCCACGCCUCCUCCCUGCCGCCUCCCCCCCCUCCUCCCCCCCUCUCCUCGUCCUCGCCGCCGUCCUCCGCCUCGUCUUCCUCCCUCGUCUCAGGGGCUCACGGCGGCCGCCCGGGCUCCGUCUGGGCCCCGCCCAGCCCUCCAGGCGCCCGCCAAGCGGGCCGGCCUCGGGGCCCCGGCCGGCAACGGCUUCAACAGGCUAUCACCUCACAUCUCAUGGAACCGCCCUGA